AUGUCUUUUAGCACUGUCGAGGGUACUCCACCCAUGAAAGAUUGGGCUGCCGCCAUCUUAGUGUCAAAUUAUUUCUUGGAUAUUACCAGUCCGAAUGCUAGCAGGUUCCUCCCGACCGACCAACUGCCGAAUUCUGGCGACGCGGAGUGCUGUUACCCACUGAAGGAGGAGGGCUACCGUUCGCUGCUAUCCUCCGCCAGCGGUGGUCUCCUCAGCUUCCCCGUGGCCUACAUGCUCGUCAUCCUGUUUGGCAGGCGUUGGUCCAUCAGUGUCUCCUUCGCUGCGGUGGCCAUCCUCCUCUUCGUUGAGUUUACCCUCCUGUUUGAGGUUUCUGCUUUUGAAAGACGGAGGGUGGCUGGAAUAAAUCGUAAGGCUACCAAAUGA